AUAAAGUGUAUGGUUUUUUUGUGUCUACCUGUUUCCUACUUGUUUGUGAGAAUAUCGACUUUGUAAUUUACUUUGAAGGUUAUAUUCAGCUACAUGACUAGUGAGUCAGUUGUGAUUCUGUAGACAUUCCGCAAACAUGCGUGCUGCGUUUGUAAAGAUAAAUCAAGUUCCUACGCGGGUUGCCUGCUGGGGAAAAUGGAUAGAAGAAUCAUUCAGCGAAGAUGAUUGUAAGGAUAUAGUGCUCAUGAUUGCUGGGAAUCCAGGUAUCACUGGGUACUAUGAGCAGUUUCUGCAGACUAUUCACCAGGAGACAGGGUACAAUGUCUGGGCUCUUAGUCAUGCAGGUCAUGAAGAUCCACAAUCGGAGAGAAUCAUGAAGAUGCCUCGGUUGGAAGGUAAUUCGGACUUGUACAACUUAAAAGGACAAAUUGCUCAUAAAAUUGCAUUUGUAAAACAAUAUGUGCCCUCGGAUGCAAGAGUUCACAUCUUGGGUCAUUCCAUUGGUGCAUACAUGUGUACAAAUAUGCUGGAUGAUCCUAGAAUUCACAAAGCAUAUUUACUCUUUCCAACUAUUGAAAGAAUGGCAGACUCGCCCAACGGACGCUUUUAUGUUCGUUUCGUGCAACGAAUUCAAACUAUUUUACUUAUCCUGUCAUAUUUAUUCUCCCUAUUGCCGCAAAUAAUUCGUAAUUUAGUUGGAGUUGUAAUACUGUAUCUAGGCGGGUUUGAUCGCGCUUUUCUACAGCCUAUGCUAACAUUAAGUUCUCCUAGCGUCGCGCGAAAGGUCAUGUUUCUUGCAGAUGAUGAGAUGGCCAGUGUGAGACAGCGUAACGAUGCGUUGAUCAAAGCUCAUCAGGAUAAGAUUGUUGGUUAUUAUGGGCAAACAGAUGGUUGGACACCGAUUAAAUACUACGAGGACAUUCGCAGGGACAUCCCUGGUGUACAGGUCCAACUUGCAAGCAAAGAAUUUGAACAUGCGUAUGUUUUAAAACACAGUCGGGAAGUGGCGAUGGUUAUAUCAGAUUUAAUUCGGGCAAAUUAGGUUGAUUUAUUUAUUUAUUAGAACAUUCCUAUAGAAUAGAGCAAAGCAUCACACUAUACAUGAGAUUAAUAAUUUACUAGGCGUCAAAGGUGUUUGUUUAUAGUUGAAAUACAGUUUUAUUAUCUUUGGAA